CCUCCUUCAUCUUCUACUUUCAGGUUAUACUACUUGUUUGUUUAAGAUGUACGUCGACUUAUAACCCGUCGUUGCAACUCGCAACCCGUUGUUUCUUUGAUAUUCUGUUCAUCAGCAAGCGAGCGUUUUCUCGAUCUUCUUUCUACACAUUUGAAGUUUUCAAAAUCUCUCUCGACAUCGUGUCAUCCUGAAAAAAGCCUACUCAAUUCUCAUUACCAUGGCUCCCAACCUCUUUCUCUGCUUGCGGAACGUGUUCUGCCCGACCUACUGGUUCCAGCGUGGAGAACGCAUCCAAGGUUCUAUCCACAAAGAGGAACAUUGGGAUAGUCCCGUUCCUGGCAUCUACAAGUACAUCCCGGGUCGAGGAUGGCAUCUUGUCUACAAAGACGGCAAUGACAGCGACGAGAAAGUGCCUGUCCCGCUUGUCUAUUGCCGGAUCCUUCACCGGUACAUCUUUGAACACGAAAUGGAGGAGCGCUGCCGCUGGCACACCGUGGAAAUCCACGAAGGCGCCAAGCCAGAAAAAUUCAUGUUCUUCCUCCUUGAUGAUGGAUACACCUGGGUGGCCGGAUGGGAUGCCAAGGGCAAAUUCAUUCCCGGUCCUUACCAGAAAUGGCACUACGAUGCAGAGUCGAGGACCCUGCGCCGGGUGCUGUUCCCCGAAAGCUCGAAUGUGUCACGGGCUAGCAUUUUGCCGAACAAGAUGACUUAGCCCUUCUCGAGUGGGAACAAACCGAAAACUUCUUUUGCUGUCAACACAUUUGCUUAACCAUUGCGAUGCUAUCUGCAGCUGGAU